GUGGUUUUAAAUAGUGACUUAUUAUUCUAAGCUGUGGUUUAUUCAAGUUCAAAUUCAAGUUCAAGUGAAGCACCAAACAUGGAUCAAUAUCCGACGGAAGAGGAGGAAUAUGAGCUCAGAUAUGGUGAUUACCUUGAAGCGAUGGACGACAUGGGCUUUGAAAUGUCCGAAGCGCAACCAGGACCAUCCAAUGCAAAGGAUAAACCAGAUCCUCCUCGGGCAUCAACGGCAUUUUCUAACUACAGCAGAGGUCCUCUGGAUAGUCCAGUUCUUUCCCAAAUCAACGAAGACAGUCCCUUACGAAGUCCCGCAUUGUCGCAAAUUCCGAGGAAUUCAUCCACAAUUAACAAAAGACUGUUUGAUACGCCGGGUCCUUCGAAUUUCGGCCGUAUGGCUUCGACUCCUUUCCCGGGAGAGUCAACCGAUGCAGGCACGAUUGCUGCCGAUCCGUUGAGUGAAAUUCAAAACAUUGGCCUGAAUCCGCGCAAAAGACGGUUAGAUGCUCUGUUCGGAGACAUCCGGGACAUCGACGACGACGAGCUUAGUUUGUGUCAGCAGGUCUACACGAAGAAAACCAAAACCGAAGAGGAACUUGAUUUGGAGUUGAUCGAAAAAAUUCUCGAAGCAAGGAAGCGCUUUCAAUCGGUUGUUAAUCCGGUUAAAUCGAGCGGCUUGGAUCGGGCUGAGACUUUGCAUCGGUUCAAAAUGCAAAACCUGUCUUAUUCAUUGCCGAAGUGGCCUUUCGCUACGGUUGUGCGAAGUGACAAAGAACGGGUUUAUGUGCGAUUCCACUCGGAAGAGUUUGAGACAAAAGCGAUAAAUGAAAUAAAUUGUUUCAAGGAAGGUUUUAACGGAUUGCUCGGUGAUGCCAAGGAGAAAAUUUGGAACGAAGCUAAAGAAAUUGUUUCCAAACGUUUCGAAGCUCCCGUUCGUGCAAUUCAGCCUGACCCGGACGUUCAGGUAAUUGUUCCGGACCAAAGUACCGAGCUGUGGGUCGAAAAAUAUCGUCCAAAACGUUAUAUUGAUCUGCUGUCGAAUGAGACCACCAACCGUAGCCUGUUAGAGUGGCUGAAGCUGUGGGACAAGGUGGUGUUUGGUCGUGAACCGAAGCAAAAGACAGACACCAAACAGCUCAACAGUUUCAACAAAAAGACCGGUCGUUUUGAGUCAAACGGCGGCUGGAAGAAGAAAGGUCGUUCGGCUCUUAAUACGGAUUUGGAUGCACAUGGAUGCCCAGUGCAGAAAGUAGCGCUUCUAUGCGGUCCCCCCGGUUUAGGAAAAACUACGUUGGCUCACACAAUUGCCCGACAUGCAGGGUAUGUUGUAAGGGAGGUCAAUGCAUCUGAUGAUCGCAGUCCAGAGGCUUUUCGGUUGGCGUUAGAGAGUGGAACGCAAAUGAAAUCAGUACUGAAUGAGGACAAACGACCGAACUGUAUAGUUUUGGAUGAGAUUGAUGGUGCCCCGUUAGCAACGGUGGAUUUUCUACUUCGAUUCGUUUCUGGGGCAGUUCCACAGAAGGGUGGCGGUAAGAAAGGAAAAGGAGAGAAAGCAGAUAAGUUUAUUUUGAAGCGACCGAUAAUCUGCAUAUGCAACGAUAUGUACGUUCCUGCGUUGAGACAACUGCGUCAGUUGGCGUUCGUAGUAAACUUUCCGCCCACCGAAUCGGCUAGACUGGCAGAAAGGUUGCUGUUGAUUGCUAAACAGGAGAAAAUAACAACUGACUUGACUUCAAUGUUGGCACUGGCUGAUAAAACAGGAAAUGACGUACGAUCAUGUCUUUCUAUGCUGCAGUUUCAUAGCUCACUGAAAAAGCCAUUAAGGCUAACUGAUGUCCUGAAAUGCAAUGUUGGCCAAAAGGAUCAACAAAAGGGAUUGUUCGGAAUAUGGUCUGCUAUUUUUCAGAUCCAACGGCCGAAGAAAACCUUGAUAGAAGAUAAGAAUUCAGCUAACGACGCAAUCGUUACGCUCACCGACAUGUCUCCAGCUACGCGGAUGGUCAACAUUUUGGACGUGAUUCACAUGGCCGGCGAUUACGAUCGGUUGACGCAGGGUGUAUUCGAAAACUAUCUGCACCAGAAAAUGCCCGACCCGAAUAUGGUCGGCGUGGCGGAGGCCGGCAGUUGGUUUUGUUUCAACGAUCGGCUGCAGCAGAUGAUUAAUCACCAGCAGAACUACUCGAUUUACCCGUACCUAACGUAUGGUUUCGUAAUGUGGCAUUUCUUAUUUGCCGGGCUGGUCUGGCCAAAAAUUAAUUUCCCUAACAAGGGCUUCGAGACAUCACAGAAGCUGGCAACCUGUAAACUGAUACUUACCGGCCUACGAAAGGGGCUCUCGGCGCAGCUUAAGGGUAUCGGAGAAGGACCAACGGUGCUGCUGGAUACGAUACCAUUGUUGAAGCGUGUGAUUAGUCCAUCAUUGCGAUCGGUUUCGCUACAGCUGCUGACUCCGAAGGAAAAAUCGGACCUGACUCAUACAGUAGAGGUAAUGGCAGACUUUGGUUUAAACUAUAUUCAGCUGAAAUCAGCUGAGGGAACUUAUCAGUACCAGCUGGAUCCGGAUAUCGAGCAACUGGGUCAUUUUGCCGGAGUUUCUGGACAAAAUUUGACCUAUUUUGGAAAGCAAAUUGUCGCGAGAGAAGUGGAACUGGAAGUGAUGCGACGGGCACAGCCCAAAAUGUCGAAGGCACCGGUGAAUCGACCAACUGCUAAGAUUACCGAAGUCAGUAAUCGUAAGAGCAAAGAAUCAAAAGCACCAUCCUCGGAGUUACCUAACCAUCUGCAGACCCUCAAACCGAAACCAGUCAUCCAGAAAGUAAAACAGGUGGUAUGUAGGGAUUUUUUUGGUCGUAUCACGACUCGAGAAACAACCGUCCCCGUUCAAGAAGGUGGAACAGAUACGAUAGUAAAAAGUCCUAUUUGGUAUCGUUACAAGGAAGGUUUUAACAACGCCGUGCGGAAGGAUGUUACUUUGCAGGAUUUAAUGUAA